UGCGGUAGUUGAGCGGAAGGGGCUGAGUCGUAGCAACAUGAGGGAAAAUAAGAACAUGUCUGAGUCCCCAUCUCAAGCGGGAAAAGAAAUACCAGUCAAGAAACAGAAACUAAGCAGUGAUGAGAACAGUAACCCAGACGCGUCUGGGGACGAGAAUGAUGAUGCUGUCAGUGUUGAAAGUGGCACCAACGCAGAGCGCCCCGACACGCCCACCAACACCUCCAACGCCCCAGGCAGGAAGAGCUGGGGCAAGGGAAAAGCAAAGUCCAAAAAGUGCAGAUACUCUUUUAAAUGUGUCAACAGCCUGCGGGAAGACCAUGGCCAGCCCCUGUUUGGUGUCCAGUUCAACUGGCACAGUAAGGAGGGAGACCCACUGGUGUUCGCCACAGUUGGAAGCAACAGGGUCACUCUGUAUGAAUGUCAUUCUCAAGGAGAAAUCAGACUCCUGCAGUCUUACGUGGACGCAGAUGCAGAUGAGAACUUCUACACGUGUGCCUGGACCUACGACACCAACACCAGUCACCCCUUGUUGGCUGUAGCCGGAUCACGGGGAAUAAUCCGCAUUAUUAACCACAUCACAAUGCAGUGCAUCAAGCAUUAUGUAGGUCAUGGUAAUGCGAUCAAUGAGCUGAAGUUUCAUCCAAGAGAUCCAAAUCUUCUUCUGUCGGUCAGCAAAGAUCAUGCGCUUCGUCUUUGGAACAUCCACACGGACACAUUAGUGGCCAUAUUUGGUGGAGUGGAGGGUCACCGAGAUGAAGUCCUGAGUGCUGAUUUUGACCUCCUGGGUGAGAAAAUAAUGUCAUGUGGAAUGGACCACUCCCUAAAACUCUGGCGACUAAACUCGGAGAGAUUGCAGAAGGCCAUCCGUGGAUCUUAUGAAUACAACCCCUCAAAGACCAACAGGCCUUUUGUGUCACAGAAAAUCCACUUUCCUGACUUCUCCACGCGGGACAUCCAUCGAAAUUAUGUGGACUGCGUGCGGUGGCUCGGCGACCUCAUUCUCUCCAAGUCGUGCGAGAACGCCAUUGUGUGCUGGAAACCUGGAAAAAUGGAGGACGACAUCGAUCACAUCAAACCCAACGAGUCCAACGUGACCAUUCUCGGACGCUUUGAGUACAGUCAAUGUGACAUCUGGUACAUGCGCUUCUCCAUGGACUUUUGGCAGAAGAUGCUGGCCCUGGGGAACCAGGUGGGGAAGCUCUACGUGUGGGACCUUGAAGUGGAGGACCCACACAAAGCCAAGUCCACCACACUCACCCUGCCCAAAUGCACCUCUGCUAUACGACAAACUAGCUUUAGCCGUGACAGUAGUAUUUUGAUUGCGGUGUGUGACGACGCCUCCAUCUGGCGCUGGGACCGUCAGCGCUGAACAACCCAGCAGUGAAAUCAGGUUUUGUAAAAAGAGUUCCAGCUCUCCUACUUCAUGUAAUAUUUUAAAGGCUUUGUUCACACCUUCGCUUGAUGGAAUACUUUUUGUACAUUUAAACUCUGGACUUAACUUUGUGCGCAGUUCAGAUAUUCAAAUGUUUAUUUUAUCUUGUAUUAGUUCAGAAACACCAUGAAUCAUUUAAUAAUCAUAUAGUUACGUUAGGAAAAUAGCCUGCAAUACAAGAAGGAAUUAUUCCCCUCAGUAGGCUUCUUGUGUUUGAGUGUAUGUCGACUUUUAAUAAACUUAUUUUUGU